AUGGCUAUCCCAGAUCUAGUUAUCCCGGGAGCGGAGCAGCUCGCCAUCAAUGGAGGUACUCUUGACAAGGCCGCCGAUAUCGAGCUUCAGUAUGGCUAUAUCGACACAUUCCGCUCGGACAAGUUUCGACAUUUCUCCACCGACCCGUGGGCAUCGAGUUGUGAUACUGUUCCGCUUCCGAUAACCCACGACUUCCGGACAAAGGUGUUGAUUGUAGGUGCAGGUUACGUCUCCCUGCUCUUUGCAGGCCGCUUAAUUGAACAAGGUUUCAAACCGGAGGAUCUUAUCUUUGUUGACUCCGCCGCGGGGUUUGGCGGGGUUUGGUACUGGAACCGUUACCCUGGACUGAUGUGCGACGUCGAAAGCUACAUCUACUUGCCAUUGAUCGAGAAGACCGGGUUUGUGCCAAAGCACAAAUACUCCUACGGCCAGGAGCUUCGUUACUACGCCAAUCUUCUUGCAAAGACCCCGGGAGUUGAUGGCCGAGGUGUCUUCCGCUCCACUGUGACCGAGGCUGUCCGGGACCAAGGCAACGCCCAGUGGGACUGCCAACUGAGAACGCACACGGGCGAACAGGUCACCGUUCGGGCCGACUUGUUUAUCCUGGCCUCCGGGGUGCUCAGCCGCCCCAGGGUGCCUCGUAUCCCAGGCAUUGAGCACUUCAAGGGCCAUUCCAUGUCGAUACAGAUUGUGCCCGAGCUGGCUAAAUGGGUCCAGGAGCUGGUCGUCUUCCAGAGGACCCCGGCGGCAACGGAUCCGGUCGAGUUUCAGAAACAGGUCGCCACAUAUUCUGGAUGGCAAAAGGACAGAAUGAUCAACUUUGUCUUGUUUUUCAGCAACCUCCCGCGCAAAUCCGAGAUCAAUCUUGUGGACGACGCAUGGACGAUAUUGCCAUCAUUCAGCGGGGUGGUCGGUGGCCCACACGCCCAGUCAAUCACCCCUGACAAUCUGGCUCAGUAUGUCGAUAUAAUUCAGAAGCUCGACAUGGUCCGCCAGGACCGCGUGCGCGAGAUAGUCCAUGAUGCUGAGAUCGCCAAAGCUCUCCACCCAUGGUGUUCGGGGUUCUGCAAGCGUCCGUGUUUCCAUGACGAUUAUCUCGGCGCAUUCAACCGGCCGAACUUCAAGAUCGUCCACACCAACGCCAAGGGGGUGGAAGAAUUCACGGAGCGAGGCAUUGUCUCCGAUGGGGUUGAGCAUGAACUCGACCUCAUCAUUUUCAGAACGGGAUUUGAGCCCUUCACCGUCGGCAGUCCUGCCUAUCGCGCUGGAAUCAGGAUCAAGGGUCGUGGUGGACUGGACAUGGACGACAAGUGGGCCGAAGGUGUCAGCACUUUUCACGGAAUUCUUAGCCGGGGCUCUCCCAACCUCAUUCUGACGGGGUAUACGCAAGCUGGCGCAACGGUGAAUCAGGUCCACCAGAUGGGUGUACAGGCAGAACACGCCGCACAUAUCAUCUCUGAGGCGCUGAAGCGUGCGGCUGCCGACGGCAAAAACAGGGUUGUCGUCGAGCCGACGGAGUCGGCCGAAGAGGAGUGGGCCAUGCGGGUGGUGUCACAAGCCCAUGCCAUGGCCAUCUUGUUGAACUGCACUCCCAGUUACACGACCGCCGAAAGCGCGCUCCGAGCGGAUCUUCCGCCGGAAGUCCAGCUCAAGGCUGCUCAGGGCGCGACUUGA